AUGAACGGGCAGAGCAACGCCCAGGCAGGCGGCGAGGAUGGUCGUUCAGGCGGUAGUGGCGAGCGGCGGGAAGUGCCGAACCGGCAGUUCUUCCUGCAGGUGGCGAACGCGUCGACGGCCAUGCAGGUGGUGGCCGGCGAGAUCUCCGCGCUCUGCCGCCUCGCAGCCGACGGGGUGGCCAUAUCGGCGAUCAGUCCGCUGCUCAACACCUUCGCCGCCUAUCCCAGCUUCGACCCGCUUCACUUCAAGGCUGCAGCUCUCGCAGUUGCCGCCGCCGCCUCUUCGCUCCCCGGGGCCGGACCGCCCGCCGCAACUACCGCGGCUGCUGCUGCUGCGAAAGCGGUUGCGGGGCCGAGCGGCGGGAAGGAGGAGAAGGCGAAGAAGGAGAAGCGGCCGCUGUCCGCCGUGCAGAUGGCGAUGACGCAGUUCCUCUCCGAGGAGCGCGACCGCCUCCUCGCGCAGCGCGCCGCCUCCACCCCCGGCGAGGCGUACCAGAUGGCGCGGCGGCGGUGGAACGAGAUGCGCGAGGCGAACGGGCAGGGGAAGAAGAAGGGCAAGGGGAAGAAGCACGAUGAGGAUCACGAGCACGAGGAAGGCGAGGAGGGCGAGGAGCACGAGGAAGGCGAGGAAAGGGAGGAAGGUGAGGAGAGGGAGGACGGUGAGGAAGUUGAGGAGGUGCCAAUUCAGCUGGGCGACGCCGUGAUGGAGGAUGGGGAGGAGAAGGAGAAGGAAAAAACGAAAGAGGCGAAGAAAGAGGAUGAGAAGAAGGAUAAGAGCAAAGACAAGGGGCGUGAAGAGGAGGAAGCAACGGGGAAGAAGUCGGGCAAGGGGAAGGAGAAGGUGGCGGAGGACGAGGGCACCGCGGGUGGCGGCAGCAGCGCGGGUGGCGGCAGCAGUGCAGGGAAGAGGCGCAAGAGGAAGCAGGGCAAAUAA